UUUUAUUAGGUUUUCCUUUUGUUUCACUCUCUGCUUUGCUGCUGUUCUGUGCGGGCUUUUCUGUUUUGUUUUCCAUUUUCCCUUCUGUUUGACGCUAACCUGAAGGGAUUGAAGGCAAAAGGGGAAAGGAGUGAGAAAAUUCACUGUUUGAAUCCACCUCUCGGUGCUGGGAGACGUGCUGUGUAACACGUGCCUGCCCAUGCUCUGCAAGGAAAUCGCACUGGAGAGUCGUGCUCAACCUAGAGCAGAAUCGCUCCUCACCUGUGUCGGUGAAGAGCAGGUGCUGUGCCCAUCCCGUGUACACACACACUGCACACCUCUUGUGCAAUGUGUACCAUGGCUUGAUUCCUUUAAGUGUGAGUUUCCAGCCCUCUUCAGGGUUUUUCUGCGAUCAGAAGAACCUUUGGUGUUGUUUCUCUUGCCUCAAUUUCCUUUCUGACAGUCCUUCAACUGGUGACUGUCCCGGCUUUGUGCAAGGGGGUAAUUGCAGCAACGACCAUCAGUCAAAAAUAAAGUAAUCCUCUUUGGAAGGAGAGCGGGUGAGCUCCGGGAGAGACCAAACACCAGGAGACUUGCACCAGGAGCCUGGUGCAAAAGUAAGACGGAGAGGAGGUUAAAAAGUAAAUGACAGUUUUGUAAAGCCAGCACAGAGGCAGCUGAGCCACGUGAGCAGAAGAUAAUUGAAAAGUAAACUUCAGAGUCUUCCAAGCAUUUGCUUUAAUAGCCACCCACAGAUCCUGGCAGUAGGGUAGAGACCUACGUCAGCAGCGUUUGUCUGGAAAACCCGUGGGCAUGCUGCCUGCUGCGCGGAUGUGUCCCGUCAUCUUCUGGCACCGCCCGCGGCAGAGAGGAGAGGGGAAAGGAGAGCAGAGACCCUCAAAGGCUUUGCUGCUGCUGGGGCUAGAAAAUGCCUCCUCGCUCAUGGAAAGCAAGAUCUGAAGGAAGUCGUCAGUGGGAGCGUGAAUGAAGAUUUCACAAUCUGGUCCCCAAGGAGAGCAAUCGGCUGCCUGCUGCCUUGGGGCUGAAUCGGGGUUUCUUAGCAGUGAAAGAUAAGGUGGAUACACAAAAAGUGCUGAAUUCCUGACAAUACUACAUAGAGUGCCUCAAGGAGAGGCACCUUCAGCAUGGCCCAUAAAAGCCAAACUGGUGGAAUUGAGAAAAAUGGGUCACUUUCCUCCAUCCUCUAUUGUAAGAGUGAUUUAAAGGAUGGAUCCCUGCAGUGGGUAAAAGAACCGCUCAAUGGCCAGGUGCUCAUGGUGCUCAGCAUGGACAACAACUGCUCAGCCACCUCCUUUGACAUGGAGCUUUGUGCAGAGAAACUGAAGUCCCUUGGGGUUCAGGUGGCAGCGGAUCAGUGGAGAAGGUUAAUCGAGGAUGCUGUCCUGAAGCCUGAAGUGAGACGGUACAUGUUCUACAACUCCAGGGCGUUCCACAUAGCCAUCGCUGUGGUUUUCUACGUGUCUCUCUGGACAAACAUCUACUCCACAGUCCAGCUGUGUUCCUUCGGGCGCUACUGGGAGGCCAGCGUGCUGGUGACCCUGGCCGCCGUAGCAGUGACUGUAGCUGUGAUACUGGUUAUCGAUCGUCACCAGAGGAAGAUAAAUAUGAAUACAGAUGUGAGGCUGGCAGCUGUCAAUGAAAUCUUUAUCAAACACAGUUUAAUUCUGGGGAUUACAGAUGUCCUGGAUGGGCCACACAACAUUCUACAACUGUGGUUCGUGCACUUCAGCCCAGAGCGCUGCCUCCAGUCCCUGUCAGCCCACAUCGCGGACCUGCAGAGGACACGAGAGUCAGACUUGCGGCGCAGCCUGGACCAGCUCUGUGUGGUUAUGGAGGCGGUGGUUCGGCCCGACCCGGGGACAGAGGAAGAGGCUUUGCGUGAAGACUCCCCUCUUUUAUCCAGCGGGGUGAACCUAAAUAAAAAGCCUGUGACAUGCAACGAGCUGCUCUGUCUCGUUCCCGAGGGCCCACCAGAGGUGAUGGCCCAGCAGCUCCUGGUGAUCUUCAGCGGAUGCUACGUCCGGCUCCUGGUCACUGGCUGCCUCCCUCGGGCCGUGGCAGGGGGGCACCUGGAGCACAGCAGUGUCCCCUGUCUCUGUCAGUUCAUCGAGACCACCGCACUCAACACACACCAGAGCUGGUUCAUGGGCAGGUGACCGGAGAGGGUUGGAAAACACUGAAAUAAAAGCUCUCUGUACGCAACUGUGUGAAGAAACUGUGGGGCAGAGGAGAGGGCUGUAAUCGCUCAUCCUGGACUUAUCUGGAUGAACGAGUGGAAAUAGGGCUCUAAUAAAACAUGCAAGACA